UAGUAGUUUCAGCUGCUAACGAUAGCUCAUCUGAUUCCCUCAUCUCUUAGCCUUCGUGACGAACUCCCCCGCUUGAGGGCGGCAAGUGCUGCCUUUACCUUUGCGCUAUUCACAAACCCUCUACUGGACCAUCCUCAGUUCCAUCACCUAGAGUAUAUCUCUUCGCUCGAAUCAAGCAUUGCUUCGUUUUCUCCCUACAAAUCUGACACUCGGAUUCUCAGUCAUGGUCAAGUAUCGGGACCAUGCACUGCUAGCCCUUGGCUGCAAGCUACUAUCAUCUCUUACCGUUUUUACAGCUGCACUCGUUCGCAAUCCAACUACUCGUACUUUACGACCUCCAGUGAAGAUUCGUCUAAGGCAGGGCUUUUGCUAUGCAGACGAGCUCUGGUAAUAGUUUUCUCUCUCGCAAGGUGAAAGCGUAGCAAGUAGUCGCCAAGCUAGGGAAACUAC